CUCAAUGUAUUAUAGGCCGCGUCGCGCCCCCUGCUGGCAGUAACGGUCAUGACCGCGAGAGUUAAAUGCCGUUACGGCUCUGAGGCGUUCAGAAGCACCGAGCAGAUCGGGGAUAAAUAAGAGACUAAAGAUGGCGACGGUGGAGGAUUCAUGGGACAAAUUCGGAUCCAAAACUUCCCUUUGGAAUAUUGAGUCCAGAGAUCCAGUCGCGCACUGAGAACCGCAGAACCCCGCGACACCGAGCUGAGACCCGGUUCUGCUUCUGCGGCUCCAUUACAGGGUUUUCUUGUACACAUUCUCGAUUGCACUAACAAAUAAAGCGGAAUUUGGACUCAGAUCAUCCGAACCGACACCAUAUCCAGCCGAUAUGAUCCCUGACUGAGUCCGUGUCGAAGUGUAGUUUGGUUCUGGUGCAUGGAGGCCGCUGGAGGGAGUCUGUCCGUCCCGGUGUCGCAGUGAUUUGGGUCAGAACCGGAUCGUGAUGUAUUUUCUGAGCGGCUGGCCGCGGAGGCUCCUCUGCCCGCUCCGGAGCGGCGAACGGCCCUUUCUGAUCGAGCCCAGCGCGCAACGGUUCUACCUGGCCGUGCUGUCCGAGACCCAGAUCAGCAUCUGGUUCAGCAGGCCCAGCGUGUUGAUCGUCAGUUAUAUUGAGUCUGGGAAAGCGGCCGCACAGUUCGGCUUCUAUCAGCAGGUGGAAUGGAAGCCAGACGACUCCAUGAUCGCAGUGGCGGCUGCGAACGGUUACGUCCUGUUAUUCGACAUCCUCGGAGGGUUGGAUGAGAAGUACCUGUACGAGCCUGUCUAUCCCAAGGGCAGUGCUCGUGUUAAGGUGACCCCGGGCUAUAAGGAGGAACAGUGUGCUCCGGCUCUGACUCUAGAGAUGAAGAAACCUGUCGACCUGGAGGCUCCUAUCAGCUGUCUGCAGACGCUGCAGGAGGAUCUGUUAGUGGCGACGGCGGACGGUUACCUACACAUGCUGCACUGGGACAGCGUCAGUAACGGCCGGAGAGCGGUUAACCUGUGCACCGUCCCGUUCUCCCUCGACCUGCAGUCGUCCAGAGGAGGGCCGUGUUUGGACCUGGAAGGUGUUUACAUUCGGGAUAUGGAAUAUUGCGCUACGCUGGACGGAUUUGCUGUCGUGUUUGAUGACGGGAGACUUGGAUUCAUCACGCCAACCGCAAACAGACUCGCCACAGACCAGCUGCAGGGUGUUUGGGCCGCCGACGUCUCUGAUGGCACGUGUGUCGCCGUCAACAACAAAUACAGACUCAUGGCCUUCGGCUGCGCAAGCGGGUCAGUGUUGGUGUACAUGAUUGACAGCUCUACAGGAUCCAUGCAGCUCUCUCAUAAACUGGAGUUAACUCCUAAACACUACCCAGAUGUCUGGAAUAAAACGGGCCCUGUGAAGAUGAUCCGCUGGUCUCCGGACUGCAGUGUUGCCAUGGUGACGUGGGACUGUGGCGGUCUGUCCCUGUGGAGCGUGUUCGGAGCUCAUCUCAUCUGCACACUCGGAGAGGACUUCGCUUAUCACUCAGACGGCACGAAGAAAGACCCUCUGAAGAUCAGCUCUAUGAGUUGGGGUGUGGAGGGAUACCACCUGUGGGUGAUCAGCAGCAUGGACGCCACUCCUGUGGAAGCAGAAGGAGACGAGAAACUCCAGCAGGCCGGGAUCCUGCAGUUUCAGUUCAUUAAGAGCGCGCUGACCGUCAACCCGUGCACGAGUAACCAGGAGCAGGUGCUGCUGCAAGGAGAGGACCGUCUGUAUCUGACCUGUGGAGACCCGACUCAGGCUCACAGCGCGUCGGACAAGAGCUCGUCGCGGGACAGCGGCAGCCCUCUGCACCGGCCGUCAGCGUCCACCCCUCUCUCUCAGGGUCUCAGCACUUUACUGGGCCACAAGCACUGGCAGGUGGUUCAGAUUCACAGCACAUAUCUAGAGACAAACUGGCCCAUCAGGUUCGCAGCUAUAGACUGGUCUGGUCAGUGUGUGGCCGUCGCUGGUCGCCGUGGAUUUGCACAUUACUCCUUAUAUACCAGGAAAUGGAAACUAUUCGGUAACGUCACACAGGAGCAGAAUAUGGCGGUGACGGGCGGUCUCGCUUGGUGGAACGACUUUGUUGUUGUUGCCUGUUAUAAUUUCAUCGACCGGCAGGAAGAGCUGAGGCUGUACGUCCGCUCGUCUAACCUGGAUAACGCGUUUGCCAGCGUCACUAAACUUCACGCCGACACGCUGCUGCUGAACGUGUUUCGUAACGUGGUGAUCCUGUUCCGGGCCGACUGCUCCAUCUGCCUGUACAGCAUCGAGAGACGACACGACAGUCCGAACCCGUCGGCCAGUGUGGAGCUGCUGCAGGAGGUCUCCAUGUCUCGCUAUAUUCCUCACCCUGGUCUGGUGGUGUCUGUGACCCUCACGUCAGUACGGACCGAGACUGGGAUCACACUCAAAGCCCCGCAGCAGGCCUGUUCGGCUGAGAGUAUCCUGUUGAAUUUGGCUGGUCAGCUGAUCAUGCUGCAGAGAGACCGAUCCGGCCCGCAGGUACGAGAGAAGGACACGCCAGCCAAUCAGACGAAGCUGCUUCCGUUCUGUCCGCCGGUGGUUCUGGCUCAGUGCGUGGAGAACGUCUGGACCACCUGCCGCAGCAACCGCAAGAAACGCCACCUGAUGGAGGCGCUGUGGCUGUCCUGCGGAGAGGCGGGGAUGAAGGUGUGGCUCCCUCUGUUUCCCCGAGACCACCGCAAACCUCACUCCUUCCUGUCGCGCAGGAUCAUGCUGCCCUUCCACAUCAACAUCUACCCGCUCACCGUGCUCUUCGAGGACGCGCUCAUCCUGGGCGCCUCCAACGAAACCAUGCUGUUCGACGGCCUGGGCUCGUCCGCCGAGCCGCUGGAGGCUCUCUUCCCGUUCUGCACGGUGGAGCGCACGUCCCAGAUCUACCUCCACCACAUCCUGCGUCAGCUGCUGGUGCGGAACCUCGGCGAGCAGGCGCUGAUGCUGGCGCAGUCCUGUGCCUCGCUGCCGUACUUCCCUCACGUCCUGGAGCUCAUGGUGCACGUGGUGCUGGAGGAGGAGGCCACGUCCAGAGAGCCCAUCCCCGACCCGCUGCUGCCCACCGUGGCCAAGUUCGUGACAGAGUUCCCGCUCUUCCUGCAGACCAUCGUCCACUGCGCCCGCAAGACUGAAUACGCCCUGUGGAACUACCUGUUCGCCGCCGUGGGGAACCCUAAAGACCUGUUCGAGGAGUGCUUGAUGGCGCAGGAUCUGGACACGGCCGCGUCGUACCUCAUCAUCCUGCAGAAUAUGGAGGUUCCAGCAGUCAGCCGUCAACACGCCACUCUGCUCUUCAACACGGCCCUCGAGCAGGGCAAAUGGGAUCUCUGUCGUCAAAUGAUGCGCUUCCUCAAGGCCAUUGGUUCAGGGGAGAGCGAGACUCCGCCCAGCACACCCACCACACAGGAGCAGAGCUCCACGGGCGGCUUCGAGUUCUUCCGUAACCGCAGCAUCAGCAUGUCUCAGUCAGCUGACAGCAUCGCAGGCGGGAAGUUCAACCUGCAGAAGACCAUGAGCAUGCCCUCCGGCCCGUCCUCCAAAGGUGGAGACCGCUGGUGUAAGGACAGCGACUCUGCGGAGAAUCUCUACAUCGAUAUGAUGCUGUGGAGACAUGCGCGCCACCUGCUGGAGCAGGUGAGACUGCGGGAUCUGGGCUGUUUCUCCGCCCAGCUGGGCUUCGAGCUGAUUGGCUGGCUGUGUCGGGAGCGCACACGGGUGGCACGGGUUGAUGAUUUUGUUACCGCUCUCAAAUGCCUGCACAAGGACUUCCUGUGGCCAUUCCCCGUCAUCCCAGCAUGCUCCAUUAGCUCGCCACUAAAGAACGGACGCUGCCGCCCAGUGUUGAGUUCUCGUUUGCUGAAGUCUCAGUCUGCGGACAGCUUGCUGAACAGUGACAUGGACACCACGCCCCCUCAGGUCACCACAGCCAAUCACAGCUGGCUUGAUGGCUUGGGGGCGGUGUCUAAGGAACUGGACUCCGCCUCCUCUCACGGAGGACCGCAGACACAGGAGGCUUUUCUCUCUCCUCUUAUUAACAAAGAGGAGUACAGCGUCGGUUCAGCCACGGACCUCACUGAGACCAGUUCAAUGGUGGAUGGUGACUGGACGAUGGUGGAUGAGAAUUUCUCCACCCUCAAUCUCACCCAAUCAGAGCUGGAGCACAUCUCCAUGGAGCUGGCCAAUAAAGGGCCGCACAAGAGUCAAGUGCAGCUGCGGUAUCUGCUGCACGUGUUCAUGGAGGCGGGCUGUCUGGAGUGGUGUGUCAUCAUCGGGCUGAUCUUACGAGACGCCAGCGUCAUUAAGCAGGUCGUGGGGUUCCUGGACAGUCCGGAGGUCCCGUCAGAAACGGUCCAGAGCAUCAGAGCCGGUCUGAUAGCUGUCGACCUCUGGGUCUCGUCUGAUUGUUUGGGCUACAAGCCAUUCCUGAACCUGAUUCGUCCGCAGCUGCUGAAGCUGAUGGAGGUUCCUGUGGAGCAGGUGCAGCCCGAGGCGUUCCAGCCGGCCGGAGCGUCCAAGCUGUCGGAGCCGCCGCUGCUGCUGCUGCCCAGAGCCGAAGACGCCCGCGGGGUCGUGACCUCCGCUCACCCGCUGCCUCUGGACGGCCCUUCCGGAGCCAACGCCCGGCCGCUGGACGACACGCCGGAGGCGGCGCAGGAAGAGGCGGCGCUGGACGAGGGGUCGUACGACUGCACCCUCUCAUGACCCUCGCAGCUGAGGAACACUAGACGCGUUUGUGCUGCUCCGUGACCGUGUUACAAGUGUGUGAGUGUUUGGACACAAGCGUGAGUGUGUGUGUUUGUCUUUUUAUUUGAUUUCAGCUCCAUCCAGACUGCAGUGUCGUGUGCGUUUUGCUGUGUUUUCUCCAUCCUGUGGUCAAAUGCGUCAUGUUUUUUUCCUUCUUCACAUAUAAAAUAGACAUUUUGUCAUUUCCAGGACAAAUAUUUAAACUUUCUUAAAUCAAGAUGCGUUUACUGGAGAAGCAUAUUAAGUCUUCAUCAUGGAAAAAAGUAUCAAAAUGAAGUGAGUUUGUGCUUGAAACAAGAACAAAUAUCUGCCAAUGGAGUCCUUUUGAAUGAAGUUAAUUUUCUGACUCCAUUGGCAGAUAUUUGGUCUUGUUUUAAGCAUAAAUUUAAUUUUGAUAAGAUGUUUAGUAUUGUUUUUCUAUUAUAAAUUAAGUCAAGGCAUAAAACAGCCAUAAUCAAACUCAUGCAUUAUUUAUUUGUCAACGCUAUUUUACAGCCAAGACAAAAAAAUCUAUUUCUGAUAAUGAUUUUCUUAAAUGUGCAGGUUUUUUUUUCCAUCACUAUAUCUAUUUUUCAUCACUAUAUUAGAUGUAUGUAUUAAGCAUAAACUCUGUUUUGAUCAUUUUGAUGCUUUUUUUUUUAUUAGUAUUAUUAUUAUUGGAAAAUGACUUAAUAUCUUCAGUCAUUUUGCUUCUCCAUCUUGAGUUCAGGAUGAUAUUUGUGCUGGAAAAGACAACAACAAAAUGCAAAAUAGGACAAAAAUAAGAAAGAGAUCACUUUUUUUACGUUGUUGUUACAGCAUCAGCUCUCGUGGCCAGCUUUACACCAAAUAAUGAUUUCAUAAAACACACACACACACCUGUGUUUCUCCUUUCAUAAGUCAGAUGAAGUGUUUUUUUAUUGUUUUCAGUUUGUUUUUUGUUCUGGCUUCAUGUUUUAAUGUUAAUCAUGAAAUAUCAGCCCAUUUUAUUUAAUGCAAAUGCAUAUGAGGAAGACUUCAGACUCUGAACGGCGUCUGAUCUGGAUCAUGUCUUUUCUUCAGCUGCGGUCUGUCAUUAUGUUCUUUGUUUUUAAGGCGUUUCUGAUUCCAACACUAGUCCAGUGCUUCGCUGUGCUCGUGUGCCUUGAUGAUGAUGACGAUGAAGCAUUGGGAAAAACAUGCCUGAUGAAUGUCAAGCAGAUCUUCAUGAAGGCAUUGACUCAAUCAAACAUGCAUUAUUUAUUUCUCCACAUUACUUUACAGCCAAGAUGAUAAAAUGUAUUAUCUUUCUGUCAUUAAUCCUAAAUGUGCAGUUUGUCAUCACUAUAUCUCGGCUGACAGCAUUAUUGCAAUGUUUUUUUUUUUGCGUUGUUGCAAUUUUAUGUUUAUUUAUUUGAGGAGCAGCUGGACAAAGAGACGGACGUUUUUCUUUCGUUUCAGGGAGUCGCGCGUGAUUUGUGUGUGUUUUCUAAUAUCUGAACGGCAUCAUCAGUAUUAAAUGAGUGUUCAGUGUUCGUCUUCAUGAACAUCAUGCCUUCAGAACGGACCAAAUCAUCUACACUUAUGGAAUGCCUUUGUAUUAUGAUUAUUAUUCUAGUUAUUCUUAUGCAUCUUUGACAGUCAUCUCUGAGUAUUUAGCAGCUUUAAUGAGAUGCAUCUUUAUUUUAAUGUUUUAUUUCCCCUAAACGGCUCGAAUGAGCAGCUUAAACCAGUCUGUGGUGGUUUAAGCCGGUUCAUAGAGCUGCCAAACCAGCUGACAAGUGCCCAAACCCCUGUAAGACCAGCGGAGCGGUGCAGCGUUAGGCUGGUUUAAGUGGUUUCUUCUCCUCCUGACGCAGGUUUAUGUUCUCGUGAGGAACGUAUGCAGUGAUGAUCAUGAUAUUCACAAACCAAAGAGCUUCUGGACAGCCCUCGAUGUGUGUGUGUGUGUGAGAUUCACUGACAUGUUCAUGGUACAGAUUACCCACAAUCCCUCUGUCCUGCUGACGUCACUGGACUGAUGUUGAGCUGGAGGGUUUUAUCUGGACGUUUCUUCAUCUGUACAGGUUAAAGGCUCCAGCGACCCUGGAGUUUCUUCUCAAUGCAGUGUACAGAGAGUUUGCUGUACAAUAACUUUUCUACUCUGUUUUCUAUAUUUCCUGUACAUAAAGAACAAUAAAUUAUUUUUUAAACAUCA